AUGGACGAGCACCCCGGCGGAGGAGUCGCUGGACCUCCGCCGCCCCAGCAGCAGCUCCAGCCGGGGGGUACCGGAGGAGUUCACCCGGCUAUCGGCGGCGGCCCCGGUGGAGGAGGGACGUUGCUGGGGCCGCAGUCGCAGCCGCAGCAGAGCGACGAGUUGCCGCGGCCCCAGCAGCAAUACACCAUCCCGGGCAUCCUGCACUACAUCCAACACGAGUGGGCCCGCUUCGAGAUGGAGCGGGCCCACUGGGAGGUGGAACGGGCUGAGCUGCAGGCCAGGAUAGCAUUCCUCCAGGGUGAGAGGAAAGGUCAGGAGAACUUGAAGAACGACCUGGUCCGAAGAAUCAAGAUGUUGGAAUAUGCGCUCAAACAAGAAAGGGCCAAGUAUCACAAGUUGAAAUAUGGAACAGAGUUGAAUCAGGGCGACCUGAAGCUGCCCAGCUUCGAGUCAGACGCCAAAGACUCAGAAGUGUCGGCGCUUCCCGCCAACAGUCAGCUCACGUGGAAACAAGGACGACAACUCCUUAGACAGUACCUUCAGGAAGUGGGCUACACGGACACCAUCUUGGACGUGCGCACGCAGCGGGUUCGAUCUCUUUUAGGCUUGUCCACGUCAGAUCAAAACGGCUCGGUGGACAAGAAGAACCUUCAGCAGCUUAUCAACGGCGACGACGCUCGCAAGGACGCCAAACGGGGUCCGGGUGAUGUUCUGGAGACGUUCAACUUCCUAGAGAACGCAGAGGACAGUGACGAAGAGGAGGAUGAGGACGGAGAACUGAUGGAUGACAUCGGCGAUGACAUCAAACAUCACAGAAAACAUAAAAACAAGGUGGGCAACGAAGGCCUGGCAUCCGAAGAAGACGACGCAGACACGGAAGAGGCGUUAAAGGAGUUUGACUUCCUGGUAACGGCGGAGGACGGCGAGGGCGCCGGCGAGGCUCGCAGCUCCGGAGACGGGACCGAGUGGGCCGAGCCGUUGCCUUUCGCGCCUGGCGGGGGGAAGAACUUUUUGAUGGGCGGGGCCGAUCGCGUCCUGGAGAGCGUGCUGGGAUUGGGCGAUCUGGCCGACCUCACCGUCACCAACGACGAUGUAGACUUCAGCUACGACUUGGCGUCCAAUCAGGAGUCUUCGUUCCGGAAGACGUGGAACCCCAAGUACACGUUGCGCAGUCAUUUUGACGGCGUGCGGGCCCUGGCCUUCCACCCGAUGGAGCCGUGCUUGCUCACCGUGUCCGAAGACCACACGCUCAAGCUGUGGAACCUCACCAAGACCGUCGCAGCCAAAAAAAGUACCUCGUUGGAUGUGGAGCCAAUCUACACGUUCCGGGCUCACGUUGGCCCCGUGCUGUCACUGGCCAUGACUUCAAACGGCGAGCAGUGCUUCAGUGGCGGCAUUGACGCCACCGUACAGUGGUGGAACGUUCCCGGCUCCAACGUGGACCCCUACGACACGUAUGACGCCAGCGCGUUGGCCGGGACGUGGACAGGACACACGGAUGCCGUGUGGGCUUUGGCGUACAGCGGCAUCAAGAACCGUCUCCUGUCCUGCUCGGCCGACGGGACCGUCAAACUAUGGAACCCUCAGGAGGAGAACCCCUGCAUCAGCACUUUUAACGCCGGCACAGAACACGGCGUCCCCACGUCAGUGGAUUUUAACGGUUGCGAGCCCGCCCAUGCCGUGGCGUCCUUUGACGGCGGUGACGUGGUGGUGUACGACCUGGAGACCUCUCAGAGCACGUUGGUGAUGAAGGGUCAGAGCGAAGGAAGCCGUCCCGGCUGCCAUCACAUCUACAAGGUGGUGAGCCAUCCCACGCUGCCCGUCACCAUCACGGCGCACGAGGACAGAAAUAUCAAGUUCUUUGACAACAAGUCAGGUAAAGUGAUCCACGCCAUGGUGGCCCACCUGGACGCCGUCACCAGCUUGGCGGUGGAUCCAAAUGGGAUCUACUUGAUGUCCGGAAGUCACGACUGCUCGCUGCGUUUGUGGAACCUGGACUCCAAGACGUGCGUCCAGGAGAUCACAGCGCACCGCAAGAAGAGCGACGAGGCCAUCUACGACGUGACCUUUCACCCCUCCAAGGCCUACAUCGCCUCGGCCGGAGCGGACGCCCUCGCCAGGGUCUACGUGUAG